GGGAGAGGGAGAGGGAGAGAGAGAGAGAGAGAGAGCGAGCGUGCGCUCCAAGUGCAGGUUUCUGGGUUGGCAGCAAAGCGCGCGAAUAGAACGUGGCACGCGGAAUAUUGUCCAAAAUUACCGCGAACUCAAACAUCAGGAGACGCUCAGACUAGGGAAGCGAAGGAGAACGGUCGACAACGCCUAUUUCUCUGAAACGUUUAAAUUAUCCGGAUAGGAGCAGCCAUGCCAUUUGGCUGUUUGACUCUGGGAGAGAAGAAGGACUACAACAGUCCUUCAGAGGUCACCGAUAAGUAUGACCUGGGACAGGUAGUCAAAUCGGAGGAGUUUUGUGAAAUCUUCAGGGCAAAAGACAAGAACACACUGAAAAUGUACACCUGUAAAAAAUUCCUGAAGAAAGAUGGAAGAAAAGUACGAAAAGCAGCCAAAAAUGAGAUUCUCAUCUUGAAAAUGGUGAAGCAUCAUAACAUCCUCCAGCUGGUAGAUGUCUUUGAAACGAGAAAAGAGUACUUCCUCUUUCUGGAGCUGGCCACAGGAAGGGAGGUGUUCGACUGGAUCUUAGACCAGGGCUACUACUCAGAACGUGACACCAGCAAUGUGAUCCGGCAGGUGCUCGAGGCUGUGGCUUACCUGCACUCUCUUCACAUCGUUCACAGAAACCUAAAGCUGGAAAAUCUGGUCUACUUCAACCGUCUGAAGAACUCCAAAAUUGUGAUCAGUGAUUUUCACCUGGCCAAACUGGAAAACGGUCUUAUCAAAGAGCCAUGUGGCACACCAGAGUACCUUGCUCCAGAGGUGGUUGGCAGACAGAGAUAUGGCAGACCGGUGGACUGCUGGGCCAUCGGGGUGAUCAUGUACAUCCUACUGUCAGGAAACCCACCUUUUUAUGAUGAGACAGAAGAUGAUGAUUAUGACAAUCAUGAUAAGAAUCUGUUCAGGAAAAUUCUGUCUGGAGACUACGAGUUUGACUCACCCUAUUGGGAUGACAUCUCAGAUUCAGCAAAAAGCCUAGUUGCAUGUUUAAUGGAGGUGGAUCAGGACCAAAGACUGACCGCACAGGAAGCCAUCAAUCAUGAGUGGAUAUCUGGAAAUGCUGCUUCAGACAAGAACAUCAAAGAUGGUGUUUGUGCUCAGAUCGAGAAAAACUUUGCUAAAGCUAAAUGGAAGAAAGCUGUUCGUGUGACCACCAUGAUGAAGAGACUCAGGGCUCCAGAUCAGAGUGACUCUGGAGCCUCUAGUCCUGCAAUGGGAGCCUCGGGAGGGCCUUUUACCCCCAGCACCACCCCUGUUCCUCUGGCUGCCACAACAGUGCCUCCCCUCACCGCCCCUCACCCCGAGGCCCAGAUGCAGGAGGCCUCGGCUCCAACGCGGUGUAAUGGAGAGAUACUGACAUCACAGCAGCGUAGUGGGGAGACUAGGGAGGAUUAGAAUGGCUGAUUAAAUUCGGCAAAUAUAGUGGCAAAUAGAGCAGCACCUACACGCUACAUAUACAUUCCUAUUGAAAUCUAAUGGUGGAGCAAAGUUCAGUUGUGUUUAAAAGCUUGAUCGUCAUUUUACCUUUUCAUUUGUGCAAAAUGCUGUAAUCUAGGAAGGCUUUAAAAUGUAAAUCCCAAUCCCAUAGUAGUUUUAUCUGCAUUUUCUUAAAUUUCAGUUGUAUUUAUUGCAUACCUAAAAAUUGCAAGUGUCAAACUGAUUUUUUUUUCACGUUGCAAAGAGCAAAGGAACAAUUAAAAAACAAAACAAUAAAACAAAACAAAUACAGCCUCAAAAUGUGAAUCUUAAAGCCAUUAAAUAAGAGAAUUAACAAACACAAACAAACAAAAGGACAAUUAACACAUUUCAUAAAUGCAGAAGA